GGAUUUGGUUUCCGCUGCGCUCGGUCUGUCUGUCGGACGCUGGGAGAGAAACGUUAAUCCCGCCCGGCCAGAGCCGUAUCUCCUGCAGGGCACUGCGUAUAUGUGCUAGGGAUAAAGGAGGCCCACCUUGUAGCCUCCGUCGCCGCUCCGUUUCCUCCGGUCGGGAUUAACCGCCGUCGAGUUUCUAAUCCUCUUUAAAUUCUCGGCUUGGGGUGAUUGUAACCUCCCCCCCUCCGCCCGGUCCGUUAUCAUGGUGAAGAAGAAUAGCAUCCCGGAGAGGUGGCGAACUCUGACAUCUGUUGGGCAACGCAUUCCAGGAUCGAGGUUUAUUGCCUUUAAAGUCCCACUAAAAGGGACAACAAAUCAGCGUGUUACACAAAACCAGAAAUUUACUCCGAAGGACUUGCUGAAUAGCGUCCGAGCUCAAAACGAAGAGCUUGGAUUAAUCAUAGAUUUGACCAACACCGAACGCUACUAUACGAUCAAGGAUUUACCUAAAAGCGUGCAGUAUGUGAAAUUGCACACCGCCGGGCUCAAGAUCCCGGACGACUGCACAAUUCAUCAGUUCAAGAGAGUCGUGAGGAGAUUUAUUUUGAGCAAUUCCGAUAACGAUAAGCUUAUUGGCGUUCACUGCACAACUGGAAUUAACAGGACUGGGUACCUUAUAUGCAGGUACCUGAUUGAUGUGGAUGGAUGGGACCCAGAAACGUCUAUAAAUGUUUUUGCCCAGUGCCGUAGUCACCCAAUCGAAGGAAGUGUAUACAUUGACGACCUUGUUACAGGACCCACAAGAAGCAAUCUUGGCAUAGAUCAGCCUAUAACCGAAGAGGAAACCAACGCUAUGAGCAGGGGAGACAGUAUACAUCAUCAGGAUGAUCCAAGACUUGAUCCGUUUAUGCUAAGAGAUCGUGAAAGAAUGCUUGAUAGAGACCUACGUGAAAAUGUGGAUUUUGGGGAUUUCGACGCACGUGAUAAAACACAAGACCCGAGAGCAUUGUCAUUGAUGAUGAUGAGAGGCAGAUCACCCGAUUUCCGCGACGGACGGAGAGAUUUUCUUAACGCUAUGGCUGGUUCAAGAGAGAGACCUUUUCCGGGAAUGGAAAUGCCGCUUGACGAGCGAGAGAGGCAGUUCCGUGACAAUAUGCUCGAUAAAGAAAUGAUGUACCAGAGAAUGAACCGUUCCUUCGACGAUAGAAAUGAUGAUUAUGAAAUGGGAUUUGGAGAAAUGCAAAGAGAUAUGUUUUCUGAAAUGCCACAAGAAAGCAUGGAUUAUUUUGAAGGCAGACAAAUGGGUAGGCAUGGUCCUCUUCGUGACCCACACAGGCGUUCAGAAGAAGAGUGGUUUGAAGAUGGUCCUGGUAGACCAACGUCGCGUCCUUUUUCUGCGCCAUUUUUUCGUGGUAGUGGAGCAAACAUGAACAGAAAUGAUUUCGAUGACAUCGAUGCACGUCCUGGAUUUGAAAGAAGUUGGGGUUUAGGCUCCACAAACGAUGAUUUGCCAGCCAAUAUUCCACCAAUGCGUCGCCAGCAGAUGGAGCAGCGCAAUAUUAAUGAUGACCGCGGGUUAAAGAGAAACAAUGAGCGGAUGCACCUGAUGGAUGAACGAACAGACACCAUGGAUGAACGUUUUAGUAUGAGGGAUGAGCAGAUGCACCCCAGGAAUGAACGCAUGGGUCCCAUGAACAAACGGAUGCACCCAAUGGAUGAACGGAUGGGUCCAAUGAGCAAAGGAAUGCACCCAAUGGAUGAACAGAUGGGCCCCAUGGAUGAACAGAUGCAUCCCACAAACAAGCGAAUGCACCCAAUGAAUGAAUGGAUGGGUCCCCCAAAUGAACGAAUGCACCUUGCAAAUGAGAGAAGAGGCUCUGUUGGUCAGCGCAUGGGCCCCAUGAACGAGCGCAUGGGCCCAAAAAUGAACCCAAUGAACGAGCGCAUGGGCCCCAUGAACGAGCGCAUGGGCCCCAUGAACGAGCGCAUGGGCCCCAUGAACGAGCGCAUGGGCCCCAUGAACGAGCGCAUGGGCCAAAAAAUGAACCCAAUGAACGAGCGCAUGGGCCCCAUGAACGAGCGCAUGGGCCCCAUGAACGAGCGCAUGGGCCCCAUGAACGAGCGCAUGGGCCCCAUGAACCCAAUGAAUGAGCGCAUGGGCCCCAUGAACGAGCGCAUGGGCCAAAAAAUGAACCCAAUGAACGAGCGCAUGGGCCCCAUGAACGAGCGCAUGGGCCCCAUGAACCAGCGCAUGGGCCCCAUGAACGAGCGCAUGGGCCCCAUGAACGAGCGCAUGGGCCAAAAAAUGAACCCAAUGAACGAGCGCAUGGGCCCCAUGAACGAGCGCAUGGGCCCCAUGAACGAGCGCAUGGGCCCCAUGAACGAGCGCAUGGGCCCCAUGAACGAGCGCAUGGGCCCCAUGAACGAGCGCAUGGGCCCCAUGAACGAGCGCAUGGGCCCCAUGAACAAAAAAAUGAACCCAAUGAAUGAGCGCAUGGGGCUUAUGUGUGAAAGGAUGCACCCUAUGGACAAUCAGAUGGGCCCCGGGAAUGAAAGGAUGCGCCUACAGAACGAAUGGAUGGGCUCCACAGAUGAGGGAACGUACCCUAUGGAUAAACAGAUGGGUCCCAUGGACAAAAGGAUGGAUCCUAUGCAUGAACGUUUGGGCCCCAUGAAUGAACGGAAGCAACCCGGUGAUGCUCACCCUAUGAUGAACAAGCCCGGUUUUACGCAGGGCCCAACUCGUAAUGAUUUCUUCAACGAACACGAUAAAAGGCCAAAUAAUGGGAGGAAAAUGUUUCCAUCUGAAGAAUUAAUGAAAGGAUCAAACAGAUUCAUGCCAUAUCAUCAACAUGCAAAAGGCAUGCAGUCCAACGAGUUCCUUCAAGGCGGCGAUCGAAGACCACCCUUCCAUGAUAAUGGCUCAUCGUCCGUUGCGUCGUUCGACUAUAACUAUGGUUUCCCUGGAAGCAAACAAAAUGAGAGAGGUCCUGGCCCGCAGGCCAACCCUCCAAGAAAAAUGUUCAAUUGAGUUUUUUUUCUUCGUUUUUGUAACUUGUGAUAGACGUAAGAAUCUGUUUCACUCGUGAAAUAGGAAGUGAGAGCGAUAAUUGUUACCUGUUUGUACUGUUUUUCGUUAAAACAACCAUAGAAGUUUUUUUUUUUUCCCGGGCAUUGUUUUACAUUUCUGCCAGAAAAUCGCAGAAAAGUUAUUUCUGUAAAUUGGCGUUUUCAGAUCACCGCUAUGUACCCUCCAUUAAACGGCUGUCGUGCUAAGUUUAGUUACUGA